CUUCAUCCCACGAAGAAAUCAUCCCCGCGCUCCUCCUUUCGCUCGCACUACGGGGUUUGCAUUACAAUCCACCGACUUACAAUGUCUGGCGAAUCCACCUUCCACGCCGCCUGCCACUGCAAGGCCUCCAAGCUCUCAUUCACAGUGCCAACUCGCUCGCUGCCCCUCCCUACGCACUUCUGCAACUGCAGCGUCUGUCGGCACACGCAUGGCACGCUGUGCAGCAUCCACGCACCGAUUCCGCCACCCGUCGUCGAUCUCAGCGCGUACACAGCCUACGCGUCCUCGGACGUCGCGACGCGAUAUUUCUGCUCGACAUGCGGCGCGCAUAUGUUUGAUAGAGCGAAAGAGCCGGAGUUGGACGAGGAGAAAUGGUAUGUUGCGGCUAGCAUGGUGGAUGCGCCGGAAGAGAUUUGGGAUUUCCAUUCCCAUUUCAAUUUAGAGGGUACCGGGGAUGGUGGGUUGGCGACAUGGUUGAGAGACGUUGGCGGGAAGAAGCUUAAGAUGUGGACCGAGAAGGCGGUUUAUGAUACGGGGUGUACUGAGACUGGGGACUGGAAGCCGUCCCCGCCCGCGCAGCCGGAAAGUACGGCAAGGGAGGAGAAGCUGAAGGCACGAUGCCACUGCGGCGGCGUGCAAUUCUACAUCUCCCGACCGCGGGCCGACGAAGCCUUUACGCACAUGCCCGAGACCCUCACACCCAAGGACAAGACCAAAUGGUACGCCGCCCACGACGUCUGCACAUCCUGCCGCCUGCUCUCCGGCUGCGCGAUCGUCUCCUGGAUGUUCCCAGAGAUCUCGCACAUCAGCCUCCCAGAUGGCUCACCGUACAAGCCGGUGUUUGGGACUAUCAAGACGUACGCGAGCUCACCUGGGGUGCUGAGAACGUUCUGCGGCACUUGUGGCGCGUUGGUCACUUACUCUUGCGAUGACCGUCCCCAGAUGGUCGAUGUGGGAGUGGGCUUGUUGGAUGCGGGGAGCGGGGCGAGGGCGGAGGAGUGGCUGGAGUGGAGGACGCAUAAGGUGGUGUAUGAGGAGGAUUGUGGGUGGAAGGGUGUGCUGGAGGGUUUGAAGAGUGGGUUGAGGGCUUGGGCAGAAGAAAGGGAUGGUGAAGGUAGGAGAGUCUGAGACGGCGGGUGCGACUUCCGGCACCGGGCGGAGACGAAUUCCUGACCUUUCAUAUUCGGUUAAUUCUUCGCGGCUCUCCUUUCACACGAAGGCGUCGGAUGACUCAUCCUACAGUACUAGGCCAAAAGUUCAGUUACCCUACAACUAAAUACGAGGUGUAGGCACCUUAACGUUGUUCUUUAAUUAAGUAUAGCUUUUAACGUAGUUAUUAUAUAGG